AUGACAUUUUGUGUUGGCCAUGUUGAAGUUGAGGAUAUUAAUGAAAAUUAUUGCACACAUCUAAUAUACGCCGAAUUGGGAAUUAAUAAUGAAGGUCAAGUUGGUUCGUUAAAACCUAAUCUUGAUUUUAGUACUAACGGUGGAAAAGAUAAUCUUAGAAGAUUUAAUAAGAAAAAGAAGUAUAAAACAAAUUUGAAAACACUUGUUGGUAUUGGAGGUUGGUCUCAAAGUUCGGAGCGAUCCUCGAAAAUAUUUGCAGAUGAGAAAAAAAGAAAAGUAUUUAUUGAAAGUGUUUUAAGUUUCUUGACGAAAUAUCAAUUUGAUGGUAUUGUUUUGCAUUGGGUUUUUCCUGGUAUUUUCGGUGGGAAUCCAAAUUUAGACAGAUUCACUUUAACAAAAUUACUAAAAGAAUUAAAAACAGAAACAUUUACCUUAAAAUAUUCUAAUGAAACUACACCUGGGGCACCACAUAUUGGUGUUGGAAAAAUAACAGAAUAUUUUCAAGAAGCUGGUCGUAUGAGUUAUAUGGAAUUAUGUCAGAGAUUUCUUAUAAGAUCAUGGUCCGUAAAAUGGGAACCAACACAAAAAAAUCCAUAUGCAUUUAAAGAUGAUCAAUGGGUUGGAUUUGAAAAUGAAAGAAGUUUAAAAUUUAAAGCAAAAUAUGUAAUUGAUAAGAAUUUAGGUGGUGUUUCUAUUUUUGAUAUACUAGAUGAUGAUGUGAAAGGAUUAUGUGGUGAAAAAUAUCCACUUUUGAAAGCAUUGCAUAAUCAUUUAAGACAAUUCAAUUAUCAAUAA